AUGGGCCACAGUUUGCAGAAUCACCAAGAGAAGCCUCGAAAGGACAAAUCUCGGCUCAAGAGAGGCAGAAAGGAACUUCGAGAUGUUCGAAAGAGAAGAUACGAGCAGACAAAUGACGAGGAAGAACUCGAAGACCAGCAAAAGCAGGAUUCCGAGGAGGAAGAAGACGAACUUGUCGAGGAGCCAGCGGAGAUUGGCGCUUAUAAUGCUCUUGUGACUUUGUUGAAAAGCGACCAUCCUGAACCGGUCAAGAAAAAGAUCAAGAAGAAGGUAGCAGAGGAAGCCAAACAGCCUGAGGUUGACGAAGAAUUACCAGAAGAAGUUGGCGAUGACGAGGAUGAGGAAGAAUUGGAUCAACAGGAAGCGGAACAAGAUAAUGAAGAUGUGCAUAACAAGUUCGAUGCUUUUAAUAGACAUUUCAACGACGAGGACUUGAUAGAGGAGCUGGUUGACAAGCAUCAAAAAGAGAAGUCCAGAACGAAGUUGGCCAACAAAAAGCAAUUUGGUAAUGUUACCCAACUGAAUUACUCAUUCAGAGAAGCUUCAGAACAAUCUCCGAAAGGUUUUGCAAAGAAACUCAAAUACCACAACGUCAAACAAAAGAUCCAAACAGAGCUUUUGAACAAAGAGCCAAACGAAGUGGGACAAGCGCUGAUCGACUCGCUGUUGACCUACCAGAAUGUCAACUGUCAACUCCAUGGAAUGGUGGAUGAUAUAAAAUCGAAAUACCAAGACUACUAUCUACUGCAUUGUCUUAAUCAUAUUUACAAGACUAGAGAUAGAGUUCUGAAUAACAACGAAAAGAGAGUUCAAGCACAAAAGCAGAUAGAAGAAGGAGUAAUGAACCCGGAGGACGAGCCAGAAUUUAGAGAUCAAGGAUACACUCGGCCUAAAGUGCUGAUAUUGCUUCCAACCAGAAAUUUUGCAUGGGAAGUAGUCAAUAAGCUAAUUGAUCUUUCCUCUCCGGACUCUGUUGAGUAUAAAUCGAGAUUCAAAGAUCAGUACUACGAUGACUUUGACGUCAAUGACUUGAACCCAAAGAAGCCCGCGGAGUUCAAAGAGUUUUUCAAGGGAAAUUCGAACGAUUACUUCUGCAUGGGAAUCAAGUUCACCAGAAAAACCAUGAAGCUAUUCUCCAAGUAUGAUCAAUCAGACGUGAUUAUUGCUUCUCCACUUGGACUGAAAAUGACUUUGGAGAAGACUGAGGCGUCCUUUUUGAGUUCUAUCGAGAUUACUAUUCUGGAUAAGGCAGAAGGGCUGUUGAUGCAGAAUUGGGACCAUGUGAGUGAAAUCUUAUCUCAGCAUCUGAAUGCCCCACCAAAGAAUUUUGAUAAUCUCAAAGUGGAUUUCAGUCGUAUCAGAAUGUGGGCUAUCAAUGACCACUACAAGUACGUUGCGCAAAUGAUUGGAUUCUCGAAGUACAAUUUCCCAGAGUUGAAUAACGUCACUUUGAGCAAUCCCAAGAUAUCUGCCAAUUUGCAAAGUGGAACUGCAGUUUUCAAGUCAGUCUGCAACGACGCCGACAGCGAGCUGACGCACUUGAAGCAUCAGUUGACUAGAACAGGAAUACUGAAUAACAAUACGAGACUCAAACAGAUCUUCAUGAGAUUCGAUGCCGAUUCUCUGGUCACUGAGCCAGAAAAGAGAUUCACAUUCUUCAAGAAUGUGCUACUUCCCCAAAUCCAACAUAAAUUGUCAUACGAUGAGGGAACGCUGAUAUAUUUCCCGUCAUAUAUCGAUUAUCUUCGUGUGAAGAACUACUUGGAGAACGAUACCAGCGUUUCAGCGGUCGCUAUUGACGAGUACUCGUCACAGGCAUCCCUUACUCGGAGCCGUGCGAUGUUUGCAAAAGGCCAUAGUUCUGCCAAGAUCUUGCUAUACACAGAAAGAUUGCAUUUUUAUAAACGGUACGAUAUUCGGGGCGUGCGCAAUGUGAUGUUUUAUGGCAUUCCUUCAGAUCCAAGUUUCUACUCGGAGGUCUUGAAAUUCAUCGUGGACAACAAAAUUAGAGCCGACAUGGCUAACAGAAAGUCGGACGAAUCCAGCGACCUGAUCGACCUCAACUUGUGCAUGGUCAGAGUGCUGUUUAGCAAGCUCGAUAUGAUGAAACUGGAGAAGAUUGUGGGAUUGAAGAAUGCUAAAGCGUUAUCUUUGGGAGAUAGCGAGAUGAACGAGUUCCACUGA